CCACUGGCCACUGCCACUGUCAGUGUUCCAAAAUCAAACGGCAGCGGCGCGCGCCGCCCAGAUAGCGCGCCAAUCGGGUUAUAUAAUUUAAAAUUCGAACACAAUCUGUUCUUUUCGUAGUUUUACUUUUAACCCGUGAGUGCCAGUGCGUGGAUUUAUUUUUUAAUUUUAAUUUAUUGACUUGGUUUUAGGUAUUUUUGAAUGGUACCAGGCACACAUAAGUGAUCAGAGAUGGACAAGCCGACGAUGCACAUGCUCUCCGUAGAGCGGAGCGGCGAGACAAGAAAACUAACACAGUACGUCGCUGCUACUGCUGCGGCCAUCGGCGCGGUGAUAGGCGGCACGAUCCUGGCCUGGACGUCACCAGCGCUGCCACACCUGCAACCGAUGGUCAACGGUACCAACGUGACCAUCGUCAACGGUACCAUUAAUGGUACACUCAUCAACUCGCUCAACCAGACCGCUGACUUCUUGCUGGACACUAAAGACAGUGGAUUGGUGUCCUCAAUCUUAGCUAUCGGCGCGGCCAUCGCAGCCCUCCCAGUAGGCAUGCUGGCUCAGCGCGCGGGCCGCCGCGUCACCAUCCUGCUGCUGUCCAUCCCCUUCAUGAUCAACUGGCUGCUCACCAUUUUUGCCAACGGCGCCGGCAUGCUCAUUGCUGCCAGGUUCUUCGCUGGACUCGGCACUGGCGGCAUUUGCGUAGCGGCUCCUAUGUACAUCGGCGAGAUAGCCGAAACAUCCAUCCGAGGGUCGUUGGGGGCGUUCUUCCAGCUGUUCCUCACUGUCGGCAUCUUGUUCACCUUCGUCGUUGGCGCGUACACGCAUUGGAGGACUUUGUCCAUCAUCUCUGCCGUUCUACCGCCUUUGCUUGUCAUUGUGUUUUGGUGGAUGCCAGAGACUCCUCAGUACCUGCUGGGCAAGAACCGGCGGCGUGACGCGGAGAAGUCACUGCGGUGGCUGCGAGGCCCUGACGCUGAUCUCAGCAGUGAGCUCGAGGAUAUGCAGAAAGAGGUGGACAACGCCUCCCGCCAAAGCGCAAGCAUCCGCACGAUGUUGAGCAACCGUGCGACCCUCAUGGCGUUCAUCUGCUCCCUAGGCCUCAUGUUCUUCCAGCAGUUCAGCGGUAUCAACGCCGUCAUCUUCUACACCAAUAACAUCUUCCAGAGCGCUGGCUCAAACAUCCCUCCCCAUAUCGCCACCAUCAUUGUUGGCGUCGUCCAAACCAUCGCUACCUUCAUUUCUUCGCUGCUUGUCGAACGAGCUGGCAGAAAACUCUUAUUGCUGCAGAGUUGUAUCAUCAUGGGUAUCACCCUCAUCAUCCUCGGCAUUUACUUCAAGCUCCAAGUCGAUGGUUACAACGUUGCCACUUUAGGUUGGAUCCCUCUUGUCUGUUUGGUACUGUUCAUCAUCUCCUUCUCUCUAGGCUUCGGCCCUAUUCCUUGGAUGAUGAUGGCUGAGCUCUUCCCUGUGGAAAUGAGAGGCACUGCUUCUGGCAUUUCUGUUAUUAUGAACUGGUGUCUUGUCUUCAUCGUGACAUUAUGUUUCCCCAUCAUGAAGGAUGCUAUAGGAAUAUACAGUUGUUUCUGGUUCUUCGCUGCUUUCAUGAUCGUCUGUACGUUCUUCGUCUUCUUCCUCAUCCCGGAGACGAAGGGCAAGACAGUUUCGCAGAUUCAGGCCAUUCUUGCUGGCAAGAGAACGUAACUGGUCUUCUGUAGGGAAGAUUAUCUGCUAAAGUGGAGAAGUCUAUUCGUCUUUUCUGUAUUUAUGUAAAACGUGAACCAGUAUGCUGUUUAAAAAAACUUGACAUGACUGAGCCUUAUUCUAUUUAUUUCUGCAGGCUCGGCACAGCAACUGCGCGGUGCGAAUUUUAUCGAGCGUUUCAGUCAAUUGAUACAGCGAAAGCGUGGAGAGACGUCGAACGAUUAUUAGUGAAAUCCCUCGAUUUAAUUCACGCCGCGCGCGACACGGUUGUCGUGUCGCAAGGGCUGAACAUAAGAUAUCCGUACCUCCUGUCUCUUGUCCAAGUUGAAAUCAGGGAUUAUUUGUAGCGAGCAAGCUUUGCAUAUUUGCCAUCCAAGGCAAUUCUAUAAUAAUAUUAUAUUGAAAAAACAUAUUUCCUGUGAUGAUAAAUCAAUGCUCAUUUGAUAUCCACAUGCAAACACUCGCAGUCAGAAUUGUCCCUAUCAAUACUCGUUAUAGAUAACAUGAAGUAACUAAUAUACUACUAGAUAAUAAGUUAAAUCACUGCCAUGUGAGCUGAUAGUAAUAAAUGGGUAAUUUUACGCCACCGGAAGCACAUGUCAUUUCGGUGGUGGUUAUUUGCAUGUAUUUCUAAAGGAUUAAGUAGAUACAAAUAAGGAUCUCAUAGACUAUACGAUUCCAUCGAUAAAGUGGUUAUCCUUAUGCGAAAUUACGUAUAUAUUUGGUGGUGUAAGUUCACCCAAAUUACAUCAAUUUCUCCACUUUAGCAGAACUUAAAAAAAGAAUGCAAUUUCGGAUAAAUAUAAAGUAAGUACAAGAAAAUAGUGUCAAUUAUCAGUUUAUCUCCCUAAUGACAAUGCUGAUGUCAUUACUCGGUGGGUGAUUUUAAGGAAAUGUCUAUAGGGCACGGUAGACUUCGACCAAUACACGCAGCGAAUGCUAUCUACUAUCUGCUAUAGAUAGACGUCGUACGGAUAUUCGUCGAAGCUCUCGAUAUAAUUAGCACUGCGUGCGCCGCGGUAUUCGCCUAAACCCUACUGCACACGUAAUUUCGCUGGCCCAUUUCUUGCAUGUUUUUCUUAAAGUGUUACAAGGACCACACUGACUCGAUCGACUUCUUUUAUCGUGUGGGUUGUGAGGUGCAGUACCAACCUCAACAACCUGGUGUCAGGGUUAUUAUUGAACCGUCAAAGGCCCCUGACAUGACUUAUGCGACGACAAUUAUAUCAGUAAUUAGUAACUGAAACCAACGGCAUAACGUGCCUUCUGAAAUACGGAUCAUCUUACUUUCGGAAAAUCACGUGAUUAGCCCGCAAUCGUAACCAAACUAGGGCUCACAAAUUGAUUUUUGUGAUGUCCCCACCGGGAUUCGAACCCGGGAUCACCGGUUGGGGGCCCAACGCUCAACCACUGGCCCACGGAGGCGGUUAUUCGAUCGACUAAAAGAGCUAUUAAAGAGCAAUUACAUUUGCUUCAUCGUUAAUAAAAAAAUGGGCCACCGAAAUGACGUGAACGAACAGACACUUUCAUAAAAUCGCUCCAGUCCAUUUUCCGUACAGUUAUGUACUUGUACACAUAUCGAAUGUACCACGGGUUUUGAUUAUGAUACUGUAAUAAAAAAAAAACUGAAUGAAAUGCAUAAAUGUGAUAGAAUAUCAAUCUUUGAAGAGUGAAAGAUUGUGAAGACUGUGAGGUUGUCAAAUUAAGUCUUGUGAGCUCAGAUUAGGUUUACCGAAUGUAAAGGUGCUCCUACCUCAAAGUUAGGUUGUUUAACUACAAUGUUUUAUAACAAUAUACAAUAUUUUUGGUGUAGGAGCACCUUGGCUAUAAUUUUAUAUUAUAACUUAUUGUCAUCACAAAUUAAGGCUCCAAAAUCAUAGAGUCAAGUAAUUUUAGCAUGUAAGGUUAGAUAUACUUACUGUGUAACAUUGAACAAAAAUAUAGGUAGGUGCAAUAAAGUGUAAUAAAUAGGGUACAUAUACAUAGAGGCGGCACCGUGGGCGUUCCGAUGUAGGAACAAUAAUACAACGGAUAGAAGGGAUACUCCGCCCCGCACCGAUUCGUGGUAUCUGAUUUCUCCCCCCAUUUGGGUCCCCCUUCAGUCUGUAAGACGUAAGGAGAAAGGCGUGCGCGCGCGCUGCCUGUCUCACUCGCACGCACGGUGAAAGGCACACACACAGUUGCGCUUUUACUAAAACUGCAUCUGCGCUCGCGUUACCGCCUAUGUGUGACAUAAUAAUAUUAAUAAUGUUAAUUUAUAUUAGCCAGUAGAAACAAGUGCCAAAUAUAGAUGUGUUAAUAUAUUUAUACAUUUUUAAGACAUUUUAGUUUAACUUAAUGUUAAAUGUACGUAAUUAAUUUUAAUACAAUUACAAUUUUUAA